AUGUUAGAUCACUUUGCCAGCUUGCUGUCGAUGGCCAAAAACUUCAGCGAUACGACGCUUAUCGUCGAUGGGGAAACAUUCACCGUCCACAGGGCCAUCCUGGCGGUUCGUAGUCCCGUGUUUGCGGCCAUGUUCGAACACGCCGAAAUGAAGGAGUCUCAAAAGAAUCAGGUGACCAUCCCGGACAUUGAGCCGCACGUGUUUCAAGAGGUGCUUCGGUUUAUCUACACCGAUACAGUACAAGGGCUGGACAAGCUGGCUCAUGAGCUGCUGGCAGCUGCCGACAAGUACGCGCUCGACAGGCUUGGGACGAUGUGUGAGGAGUUCCUGGGCAAACACCUUUCGGUGGCAACGGUCACCAGAACGUUGCAUUUGGCGGACAUGCACAACGCUAAGCAGUUGCGACACCGAGCGAUUCAGUUUAUCGCUAAAAACAUCAAGGCAAUGCAGACGAGCGAUUGGAAGAGCCUUCUGGCGAACAAUCCCGACGUGGCGGCUGAAAUGUUUUCCGAACUAACGAAAAUGUUGAAUUAG